ACAGGAGCCGCAUGCCCUACAUGGACACUGUCAUACACGAGAUCCAGAGAUACAUUGACCUCAUCCCUAACACUCUGUCCCUUUCUGUGACUCAGAACAUUCAGUUCAGAGGAUACCACAUUCCAAAGGGCACAGAAAUAUUACCAUCUCUGACUUCUGUCCUGUAUGAUGAGAAAGAAUUUCCCAACCCUGAGAAGUUUGACCCUGGCCACUUCCUGGAUGCAAGUGGCAAUUUCAAGAAGAGUGACUACUUCAUGCCUUUCUCCACAGGAAAAAGAGCUUGUGUUGGAGAGGGACUGGCCCUCAUGGAGCUGGUUUUAAUCCUGACCACCAUCUUGCAGCACUUCACCUUAAAACCACUGGUUGAUCCAAAGGCUAUCGACCCCACCCCCGUAGAUAAUGGGUUUAUCUCUGUUCCACCCUCCUAUGAGAUCAGCUGUGCUUUGUUCCCAUUUAAAGAAAAUAACUGACCCCAUCUGAGCAAGUCAAAUGGUUUCAGGCAUGUGUGUCACCUGUUACUCACCCAGUCCUCACCAGUGAGGAGACCUGAGAAGACCAUCCCUAAGCACAUCUUCGCAAGUCUUCUGUCCCUCAAACUCUAUUUGUUGAUUUCACCAAUGCAGGAAAGCACACUUUCAUCCUCCAUAAAAUUCUCCUGAUAAUA